GCGCACCCGCAGCAGCGCCCGCUCCGUCGGCGAGCGGCAGAGGCAGCUCCGGCCGCGCCUGCCCCGGCCCGCGGCACCCCGCGCAGGUAAGGCGUGUCCGCGGUGCGGGCAGAGCGGUGCCGGGGAGGACGAGCCCCGCUGUGCCGCUGCGGAAGGAGGAGGAAGAGGAGAAGGAGGCGCGAGAGGCUGAUUAGAAACAAAAACAAUAGAGGAGUUCACCCCCUGGAUCUUAGCCUUGGCCUUUUACAAGCAGGCAGAAGAGGAGCUGUCAGGCUGUGCAUGUCAAGUAGCCGCCCAGCUGUUUGACAGCUUCUGGGUUUCAACCCCAUUGGGAUUGAGGCAGCUCAGGAAACCAUGAGCGAUGAGUCCUGUCGCCUGCUGAUACUGCUCCAGCACCAUGGCAGGCAUUCCGUGAUCUGACAAGAGGAUACGUCUUGGGGAGGCUGCGCUGGGAUCCGUAAUUGGCUUCCUGGGAAACUACAGCUGGUGGAUAGGAUGUAAAAAGAGGUGCAUAAGCAUUGGGAUAUUGCUACAGUCUUGCCGAGCUCCUGGAUCUGCUUGGAGGAGAGGAUUUUGCCACCAGCCUUGUUUUUAUAUCUCCCGCUUUAGUAAUGUUGGCUUUGGGGAAAAUUUCUGCUGACUCACCCACGCCCAGACACCUUUCUCAAAACCUGGCUGAUCAGUGAAGAAUACCACCAACACCUUCUUCCCUCUGACCCCCUUAGAGUCCCCCUCCAUCCCGCGGGGUCCCUGCAGCCCCCCCGUCCUGUGGCGGGGGUGAGCACACCUGAAGCUCCGAGCGUGGCUGGUGUCCAGCAAGAUUUUACCCUGUCUGCCCCUGGGGCCCCAGCGCCGCCCCCCGCCGGCACUGCCGCCCCACUCGCUCGCCCCAGGCCGCGCAGGAUGGGGGCGGCGCUGGUGCGGCGUGGGGGCUGCCUGCUGCUCUGGCUGGCCCUGCUGCUGGGCUGCUGGGCUGAGCUGGGCAGUGGGCUGGAGUUCCCAGGGGCUGAGGGGCAGUGGACCCGCUUCCCCAAGUGGAAUGCCUGCUGUGAGAGCGAGAUGAGCUUCAACAUGAAGACACGCAGUUCCAGCGGGCUGGUGCUCUACUUUGAUGAUGAGGGCUUCUGUGACUUCCUGGAGCUCAUCCUUACCCAGGGUGGGCGGCUGCAGCUCAGUUUCUCCAUCUUCUGUGCCGAGCCUGCCACCUUGCUCUCUGACAUGGCGGUCAACGACAACCUUUGGCAUGCUGUGGUCAUCCGCCGCCACUUCAAGAACACCACUCUGAUCAUUGACCGGGCUGAGGCGAAGUGGGUGGAGGUGAAGUCCAAACGACGGGACAUGACUGUGUUCAGUGGCCUCUUCUUGGGGGGGCUUCCGCCGGAGCUGCGAUCAGCAACACUAAAGCUGACACUCUCCUCUGUCAAGGACCGGGAGCCCUUCAAGGGCUGGAUAACGGAUGUUCGGGUCAACUACACACAGACAUUGCCGGUGGAGAGCCAGGAGGUGCGGCUGGACGAUGAGCAGAGCCGCCUGUGUGCUCGGGAGGAUGUUUGCCUCAAUGGAGGUGUCUGCUCGGUGCUCAACGACCAGGCUGUCUGCGACUGCUCCCAAACAGGCUUUCGGGGGAAGGACUGCAGUGAAGAAGACAACUAUGUGGAAGGUCUGGCGCACCUGAUGAUGGGCGACCAAGGUAAAAGUAAAGGAAAAGAAGAAUAUAUUGCAACGUUCAAGGGAUCAGAAUACUUCUGCUAUGAUUUAUCUCAGAAUCCCAUACAGAGUAGCAGUGAUGAAAUAACUCUAUCAUUUAAAACACUUCAGAGAAACGGACUGAUGCUUCACACAGGAAAAUCAGCUGACUAUGUCAAUCUUGCACUGAAAAAUGGAGCUGUCUCCUUGGUCAUUAAUUUGGGCUCAGGGGCCUUUGAAGCACUGGUGGAACCUGUGAAUGGGAAAUUUAAUGACAAUGCCUGGCAUGAUGUGAAAGUAACCAGGAAUCUGCGUCAGCACUCAGGCAUUGGACACGCUAUGGUAAACAAACUACAUUGUUCGGUGACAAUAUCAGUGGAUGGAAUUCUGACCACUACGGGAUACACGCAAGAAGACUACACCAUGCUGGGCUCUGAUGACUUUUUCUAUGUUGGUGGCAGUCCUAGCACAGCAGACCUCCCAGGGUCACCAGUCAGUAACAACUUUAUGGGCUGUCUCAAAGAGGUUGUAUAUAAGAAUAAUGAUGUGAGGUUGGAGUUAUCUCGACUUGCCAAGCAAGGAGACCCUAAAAUGAAGAUUCAUGGGGUAGUAGCCUUUAAAUGUGAGAAUGUUGCAACCUUAGAUCCUAUCACUUUUGAAACACCAGAGUCUUUCAUCUCUUUGCCAAAGUGGAAUGCCAAGAAAACAGGCUCAAUAUCAUUUGACUUUCGUACAACUGAGCCAAAUGGUUUGAUUCUUUUCAGUCAUGGAAAGCCAAGGCACCAAAAAGAUGCCAAACACCCACAGAUGGUGAAAGUUGACUUUUUUGCCAUUGAGAUGCUUGAUGGCCACCUCUACCUGCUGUUAGACAUGGGAUCAGGUACUAUAAAAAUAAAAGCCUUGCAGAAGAAGGUGAAUGAUGGUGAAUGGUACCAUGUGGACUUUCAAAGGGAUGGACGGUCAGGGACCAUAUCUGUGAACACAUUACGUACACCAUAUACUGCACCAGGGGAAAGUGAAAUCCUUGACUUGGAUGAUGACUUGUAUCUUGGAGGCUUACCAGAAAAUAAAGCAGGUCUGGUCUUCCCAACAGAGGUGUGGACAGCGCUUCUCAAUUAUGGAUAUGUUGGCUGCAUUAGAGAUUUAUUUAUUGAUGGCCAAAGCAAAGAUAUUCGACAGAUGGCUGAAAUUCAAAGUACAGCUGGAGUAAAACCCUCAUGCUCAAGAGAAACUGCAAAGCCAUGCCUUAGCAAUCCCUGUAAAAACAAUGGUGUAUGCAGGGAUGGGUGGAACAGAUAUGUUUGUGAUUGCUCUGGGACAGGGUACCUUGGCAGAUCUUGUGAAAGAGAGGCAACAAUAUUAAGCUAUGAUGGAAGUAUGUUUAUGAAAAUACAGCUCCCUGUUGUGAUGCACACAGAGGCAGAAGAUGUUUCUUUACGGUUCAGGUCUCAACGAGCUUAUGGCAUUUUAAUGGCAACAACUUCCAGGGAGUCUGCCGAUACCCUCCGGUUGGAAUUGGAUGCAGGACGAGUUAAACUAACUGUCAACCUAGACUGUAUCAGGAUUAACUGUAAUUCCAGCAAAGGUCCAGAAACCCUUUUUGCUGGCUAUAACCUCAAUGAUAAUGAGUGGCACACAGUGCGUGUGGUUCGGCGAGGAAAAAGUUUAAAGUUAAUGGUGGAUGACCAGCAGGCCAUGACAGGUCAAAUGGCUGGUGAUCACACACGGCUGGAAUUCCACAACAUAGAGACUGGAAUAAUAACAGAACGCCGCUACCUGUCUUCUGUACCUUCUAAUUUCAUUGGCCAUCUACAGAGCCUUACAUUUAAUGGCAUGGCAUACAUUGACUUAUGUAAAAACGGAGACAUCGAUUAUUGUGAGCUAAAUGCAAGAUUUGGGUUCAGAAACAUCAUAGCAGACCCUGUAACCUUUAAAACAAAAGCAAGUUAUGUUGCGUUGGCCACAUUACAAGCAUAUACAUCUAUGCACCUUUUUUUCCAGUUCAAAACCACCUCUCUGGAUGGACUGAUACUUUAUAACAGUGGCGAUGGAAAUGAUUUCAUUGUGGUUGAGUUAGUAAAAGGAUAUUUACACUAUGUGUUUGACUUGGGAAAUGGUGCCAAUCUCAUCAAAGGAAGUUCUAAUAAACCUCUGAAUGACAACCAGUGGCAUAAUGUGAUGAUAUCAAGGGAUACCAACAAUCUCCACACUGUAAAGAUUGACACAAAAAUCACAACACAGAGCACAGCAGGAGCCAGAAAUUUAGAUCUCAAAAGUGAUUUGUACAUUGGAGGAGUGGCCAAAGAAAUGUACAAGUCCUUACCAAAGCUGGUGCAUGCAAAGGAGGGUUUUCAAGGCUGUCUUGCAUCAGUUGAUUUGAAUGGACGGCUCCCUGAUCUAAUCUCAGAUGCUCUCUUCUGCAAUGGGCAAAUAGAAAGAGGAUGUGAAGUUGCAUUGAUGAAAGCUGAUUUGCAAGGCCCCAGCACAACGUGCCAAGAGGAUUCGUGUGCAAACCAGGGAGUGUGCUUGCAGCAGUGGGAUGGAUUCAGUUGUGACUGUAGCAUGACCUCCUUUAGCGGACCAUUAUGCAAUGACCCGGGAACAACGUAUAUCUUUAGCAAAGGUGGUGGACAAAUCACUUACACAUGGCCUCCGAAUGAUCGCCCAAGCACUCGCGCAGACAGAUUGGCAAUAGGGUUUAGUACUGUUCAAAAAGAAGCCGUGUUGGUACGAGUGGACAGUUCUACUGGGCUUGGAGACUAUUUAGAGCUGCACAUUCACCAGGGAAAAAUUGGAGUAAAAUUUAAUGUUGGAACGGAUGACAUCGCUAUCGAAGAAAUCAACGCAAUCAUUAAUGAUGGAAAAUACCACGUAGUGCGUUUCACAAGAAGUGGUGGCAAUGCCACAUUACAGGUGGACAACUGGCCAGUUAUCGAACGCUACCCAGCAGGACAUAAGGUUACGGCAGGUCUAUUUGUAGACAGCAGAAGAAACAAUGAUAACGAGCGCCUGGCGAUUGCUAGACAGCGAAUUCCAUAUCGACUUGGUCGAGUAGUUGAUGAAUGGCUACUCGACAAAGGGCGUCAACUCACAAUCUUCAAUAGCCAAGCAACCAUAAAAAUUGGAGGCAAGGAACGGGGCCAUCCUUUCCAGGGCCAGCUCUCUGGUCUGUACUACAAUGGCUUGAAAGUUCUGAAUAUGGCAGCAGAAAAUGAUGCCAACAUCGUGAUAGAAGGAAAUGUGAGACUUGUUGGUGAAGUGCCUUCCUCCAUGACAACCGAGUCCACAGCCACAGCGAUGCAAUCUGAGAUGUCAACAUCGGUCAUGGAAACCACCACCACUUUGGCCACGAGCACCGCUAGGAGAGGAAAGGCCCCAACAAAGGAACCUAUUGGCCAGACCACAGAUGACAUCCUGGUGGCCUCGGCUGAAUGUCCCAGCGAUGAUGAGGACAUUGAUCCCUGUGAGCCGAGCUCAGGUGGGUUAGCAAAUCCUACCAGGGCAGGAGGAGGAAGGGAGUAUCCUGGCUCAUCUGAAGUGAUUCGUGAAUCCAGCAGCACAACAGGCAUGGUAGUUGGGAUCGUGGCGGCGGCAGCGCUGUGUAUCCUCAUCCUCCUGUACGCCAUGUACAAGUACAGGAACAGGGACGAAGGGUCGUAUCACGUAGACGAGAGUCGAAACUACAUCAGUAACUCAGCACAAUCCAAUGGGGCUGUAAUCAAGGAAAAACAGCCCAACAGCGCUAAAAGUUCCAACAAAAACAAGAAAAAUAAGGAUAAGGAGUACUAUGUCUGAUCUCAACAUCUAAAUGAACGCUUGUAUAGAAAUAGUCUUCAUUUUAUCUGAGACAUAAUACAAACUUAUUUACUUUACUUUUUAUGAAGCACAUUCAAAAACAAAACAAACAAACAAACAAAAAAAAAGACAGGGAAUGCAAUCAGAAAGGAAAGACUGUUUUUAAAAACAAGCAUUUCAUGCUCUUGUUUUUCAGAAACGGGAGCUGAUAAAUUCCCUAACAUCCACAGUGUUUUCAUUUACUCUGCCUGUCUUUAUGUUGCUGGAACAGUUCCGAAAGACAAUGAUGGCACCACGCAUUCAUAAAGCAAGGAGUAUUACUACAACAUCGAGGCACAAUAUGAAACAAAACAAAUUUAAAACAAAACAGGAAAAAACAAACAAACAGACAGAAAAAAAGAAGCUACCUAUGAUUCUGGAUUUAGCCAAAGUGCUAGUGCUUUCUUGAGAAGUAAGUUAGUCUUAUUGUCAGAGAAGACUGUCAUUAUAUAUGGUGACUCAACAAGCAAACAUAGACAGUUUGCCGUCUGGUGCAGUGAAGCAGUGAUUGGAAACUUGCAUUUGAAACAAAGUGCUGGCUUUUCUGAAGACUUAUGUAGAAAUACUUUCAAAAAGCCCCUUUCUGGUUGUGAGGAAAAUAGUACGGAGGCCUUAUUUUCAAAAACAAAAACAAAAACAAAAAAUCUGGAAUAUAAGGCACAUUUCCACAAAAAUAAAAAAUCAAAAAAGAAAGAAAGACAAGGAAACAAGAGGGCAUAGAUGCAAUCAUUGGGAAAUUUUCAUGCACGCUUAAUAUGUUAUUACAUAUGUUUAUAUAAAAACACAUCUAUAUGUGCUUUCUGGACUGUGAUAAGUGAUGUUUUAUAGCCUGUUGUAUAGAAAAUGCAAACUAUAUCUGCUCUUCAGCCAUUUUUGGUAAACUCAAUGUUAUAAGUGUUGCUAGGUAUAGAGAGUUUUAUGACAUCUGGAGCAACAGACAUACUUCUUUUUUUUUGCAGCCAUUAUAAAUUGUCACAGACUUUUCUUUUUUUCUUUUUCCCUUCGUUUUUCUUUUUUGCAUUUUAAUUUACAGUGUAGUGGUUAUACUAAGGGGGACGUGUAUGAAUGUAUAUAAGAGUCAGCUAAUUUUUUUCUUACCUGUACAGCCUCUAUUCUGUUGCAAUUAAGUUCUCGUAGUUUGUAUGAAAGAAGUGGACUAGAAAGCAAAAAUAUAUAUCUAUUGUAAUUUUUCUUCUCCCUCCUGUCCCCAUCUCUCACUCCUGAUUAUGCAUCAAUGAAGUUGAUCAGAAUAGCCAAUUUUCCUAGAAAUAUACUUUCAUUAAUUAGCUGAAUAUUUAGAGACCAGUCUUUGGCUUACAGUCAGAGCUUCACUAUGGAAGAGCAUGGUUUGCCUUACAGGAACUUCUUAGAAAAUUAUGAGAACGAUGAGUUUCUUGAGGAUCUUAGGAAGUACCAUAUAGUGUUGAUCUGGCAUUCAGUUUUAUGAACAGCAGUUACUACAGCAUUGAAUGGUAAAAGUUCUACAAAGGCCCAUUUUAAUUAUCCAGGCUGAAUCUACUACAGCAUUUACCCCUUUCUCCAAAAAGCAAAUAAUUUCGAGGUGCACGAUAGUAUUUUUCAGUGGUGGGCAUUUUGGCACAUAAAAAAAUAUUAUUUAGCUAAGUUGAUUGUGCAGUAUUGCAAGGCAUCAUAACCAGAUAAAUAUAAGUUCAUCAUGUUUUAAAUUAAUAGCUUUUCUCGCAUAUAUGAAGCAUUAAUGCAUUUUAGUUAAAUGUAUUAAAUCUAUUGCUAUAUUUUACAUGUUAAAGGGUUGGGGUUUGUUUUUGGCUUUUUUUUUUUUUUUUCCAGUAUUGUUUUGUUAGGUUCACAGCAAUAAAUCACAGCGUAACAUUUUAUUUACAUGGAAGUUCAAAGGGAAUACAUUAGAUGGAACGAGGGUAGUUUGAUGGAAAUCAACCAAAUCAUUGGAUGGCCUCCUGAGAGGGAAUAUGGAUGUUCACAGUUUACAGGCAGGAAGGAGGAAUAUCAAAUUAGCUUUAAACAGCAGGCACAAAACAUUUUGUUGUGUGUUACUCACUGUAGCUGAUGAAAAAUGCUGGAGACUGGUACAGCUAUCUGGGAGUCAGAGCACUUUAAAAAUACAUGUAGCUGACACAAAAAAUGCCUCUUUUGAAGGUUGCCAACUACAACAAGGUGCAUUAUGUUUGUAUUUAUGAAAUGAUUUUUAUUUUUUUAUUUUUUUUUUCUUUUCAGAGAAAUGAGAACAGCUUCACAAAAUCCAUUCAAAACUCAUUUCACAGAUGGUUGUUCACGUACAGCAUUCAUAAUUCCUCCCACCUUUGCAAGACAGCUGUACUCAGGGAAAGGCAGGGUGAGUUAUACUGAGGGUCAUUGCUGGGAGCAAGAGACUUGAGCUGGAGGCAGGAGAGAAGUUGAAAGCCAGAUGGUGGUCAGUACUGAAAGAUUUCAUUGCUUAAAGAAAUGUGGAAAAACAAGAAUAAACUGAUGGCAGGAGAUGGGACAUGGCAGAAUAUGGUUUGGGUGAGAUGCAAUGGUCUUUUCAGCUUGGUAUUGAUUGCAUUCAUGAAAUAGCAUGGUUAGGUCAACUUCCAGGCAGUUUGGUAGAUUAAUCUUUAAAUAAAACCACACAUCAAGGAAAAAACGUUCUGCUACUACCAUGAGAAGCAAACACAAUUUUAAUACUGUUUCUGAAGGUUCUCCUUUUUCCUCUUUAAUUUUGUAAUUUAACAACAAAACAAAAACAAAUAUGGAUAUAUCAGAAGUGCCAGCAAGUGGAUUUAAUAUUCCUUUGUGUUUAAAAACAGCAGCAACAACAAGCAAACAGACAUAAAACAACUACCUAACAUAAAAUCGGAUCCCUACUCUAUAAUAAUCUAAUUUGUUUGACUGAGAUGGCUUCAUUUCUAUGACUGUAUUGUGUUGCCUUUUUUAACAAAACACUAAAUAAUGUGUGAAACUUUCAACCCUAAGACAUCGAAGAGAGGCCCAAUGCCCCUAACCUUAUAGUGCUUUCUGUGAUAGAUAUUUACGAUUUUUUUAUUUGUUGCAAGGCCAAUUUAUUCAUUAUCGGAAAUGCUAAGCAAGUGGAAUUUACUGUUUUGUUAAUAAAAAAUGUUUCUUAAUACAAAA